AUGUGGGGCUCUCUACUUUGGGUUACUCUGGGGAUACUGGGGGUCCUGGAAAAAGGGGGACACACCAACCAAAACCCCCACCAGCCCUUUCAGGUCACCUGGAUCUUGAAAAAUGGAGAGACCUACAAAGAACUAAACCAGACCACCGCCACCCAACCGAAAGAUAAGUGGUGGCCUGACCUAUACUUUCACCUCCAACAGCUAACCGAGACCUCAUGGGCCCGGGCAUAUCUCAGAAAUGUUGGGUUUUAUGCCUGCCCGGGACAUCAGCGGGAAAACAUAAAGACCUGUGGGGGAAUAGCCCAUGCUGUGGGGCCCAACCAGGUUAUUGCACCUCCCAGUCCCUCACCACGGGAGACAAACGCCACAAAUGUUGUGACCUCGCCUACCCUCACCCCCUCCCUUCAGCUGACCCGGACUGACCCGCUAGAGACCCAGGAACCCCUGUGGGCCUUGGUCAAAGAAACUUACAAGGCCCUCAACCACUCCAAUCCUAACGCGACCCAAUCCUGCUGGCUUUGCUACACCCUACAUCCACCUUACUACGAGGCCGUGGGCUUAAAUGCUACCUACAACUUAUCCAUUCUCUCCAACCCACCGCAGUGCCCUUGGGGAGACCGCAAGGUAGGCCUUACCAUGAAAGACGUAUGGGGUUUGGGGACCUGCUUAGGCACGGUCCCUAUAGAUAAACAAACCUUGUGCGCCCAGACUGGCAAUGAUACCAAUUUCACCAAUAAGACCUACGUCAUACCCGAAACCGGGGGGUGGUGGGUGUGCUCACAGACUGGGCUAACGCCCUGUCUCCACUUGGCCGUCUUCAACCAGAGCAGGGAAUUCUGUGUCAUGGUAGCGGUAGUGCCCAAGAUUACAUACCAUCCAGAAGAGGUCCUCUACAACUUUUGGGACCGAGACACCCCAGCUCCUAGAUAUAAGAGGGAGCCCAUUACAGCUAUUACUCUGGCAAUGCUGUUCGUCCUGGGGGCAGCUGGGAUGGGCACAGGCAUUGCUUCCCUGACCACACAACAUCAGGGCCUGAUCACCCUGAGGGCCGCAAUUGACAAAGACAUCGCCCGCAUAGAGAAGUCCAUGAUGGCCCUAGAAAAGUCCCUGACUUCCCUUUCCGAAGUGGUAUUACAAAACCGCAGGGGACUAGACCUGGUCUUUUUGCAGCAGGGGGGCCUCUGUGCAGCCCUCAAAGAAGAAUGCUGUUUCUACGCUGAUCAUACUGGGGUGGUUCGGGAGUCCAUGGCUAAAGUAAGAGAGGGAUUAGAACGCAGGAAGAGAGAGAGGGAGGCUCAGCAGGGCUGGUUUGAGUCCUGGUUCCAGAGUUCCCCUUGGCUGACAACUUUGCUAUCCUCCCUAAUGGGACCGAUCAUCAUUCUCCUGCUGCUCCUGACUUUCGGGCCCUGUAUCCUAAAUAAGCUUCUGGCCUUUAUCAAACAACGGCUCAACACGGUCCAGCUAAUGGUGCUGCGACAGCAGUACCAAGGGCUUCCAACAAGCACUCCGUGA